AUGCAUCUAUGUCAUAUUUAUCUUGAUGUUUCUCAAAACCCAAUUUUAGGUAUAAACCAAUCUAGUGAUCAAUCCUGGUCUCGAGUUGAGCUUGACUACAAUAGUUCCAAACCUGUGUUUCUCACUCAAGUUCAAAACAAAAGAUCUUUACAUUGUCGAAUGCAACCGAUCUUUAAAGCUAUUGGCAAAUUGAGGGAAUGCAUACGUCAAAUUGAAAAUAUGAAUCCAAGUGGUGCUUCUGAGCAAGAUAUAAUGAUUCAAGCCAAAAUGUUACUAGCACAAGAUAAAAGUUACAAGAAAGGUUUCAAAUUUGAUCAUGUGUGGCCUAUACUUAAGGAUAUUGAAAAAUUUACAGAUAAUGUUAACACCGCAAAAGUAUUUCAAAGGCAAACCGGUAGGUUUGUAUCACAAGAAUCAGAGACUUCUACUGCAAAGUCUCCCCAAUCGAUGCCUUCUGACAUGUCGUCAAAUUCUCUAAACAUAAAUGAUGAAAAUAUUGGGGGUAGUUCAGUUUAA